AUGAGAGGUGGAAGAGGGACCCUAGGUACUUGCCUGGAAAACGUAAAGAGGUCACAAGGAGGUGACUUGGACAAACUAUCAUGUGGCCUUAAGAAGAGAAGCCAGAAGGGGAGCCCCAGCCCAGCAGAUGUGCCUUCCUGGACAGAUCAGCCUGGAGCAGAUACUGAUGGAAAGUCACAGGACACGGUGGUGGCAUCCUUGGGAAUGAAACAUGAUCAGAGUGGGGCUGACCUCAUGCUUCACAGUGGGUACAGAGUGCUUCAGUAUCUGAAGGAAUCAAUGGGGAGAAGUUUGGCUCCAGCAGCCUCUGUAAGCAAGGUUCUGUCAUCUGCUUUGGAAGAACAUCUGGCUGGGGUAUCCCGUGGCAUCGGAGAAGCACUAGGAAGUGACUGGCCAGGAAGAAGGCCCAGGGUCACAGACAGCUGUGGACCAUACCCUAAAGGAGAGUCCUGGGUGUCAGGAUGGUCAGGCCAUCCAAAACUGAGGGAAAUGGGUUUUCUGAAAGGUGAACCACCAAGUGCUGUCGCUGAGGGGCCGGUCACCAGGUCAGGACUGUCUUACCCAUACUUUGAGCUGCCACGUGCUUAUGUCUGUUAUACAGUUCUCCCAGAAGAUGAGACAAGAUGUGUAUUCCUCGUGUUUAUACCCCUGUUUUCAGAGCAAACAGUAGAAUAUGAGGAAACUCUUACUCUUAAGAAGUACUUCAGAUGGUCUGCGGAUAGUCAUGGGGUCACUGGCUCUGCAGUCUUCCAGAUUAGCAAGUCUGAUGCCGUAGUUAAGGUACAAGCAGAACAAUAAAAAUAGCAGACUAAUUUUAAAGGUUGUCUUGCAGUUUCUUUUGCAUUAAAUCUGGCAUAUGCUGCAGCCAUUCAGUUCCUGCUCUGAUUCCUGUGACCAGACACACCUCGCUGAUUGGGACAUUUUUGAGCGUGUUUUCAAUCGUUUUGGAAAGACUCAGAACUGAGAAAACCCUUCCAGGAGAUGAUUGAUCACACAUUUAGCGCAUAGUUCUUUAUUGUGGAGACCCAUUCUAAAGGGCUAGCAUCCCAGAUGCCGCCUGUCUUGGCUCACCUCUGGCCAUCUGAUGCAAGUGGAGCUCUGUAGGCUACCACCUCCACUUCUUCUAAGCCUGGCCCUGGUCAUGAUGAGUCUUGCCAUUUUGCACUGUAUGGACUCUCUGACCUGCAGCCACACAUCCUGUCUCAUGUGCUCCUUUCCUUCCGCUUGAAUUGCAGUUUUCAACGGCAGCACUUUGGAGAAGUUGCAAUAUUAAAUUUAGGAUUAUCUUAAACCACGGAAGAGUUUGAGACUCUUUUCUGCUGACAGAACACAGAUUACAAAUGAAGUGUUUUACUUUUUCCCAGACUCUAGGAUUCGUGAUCUUUUACCCUAAGAUUUUUUCUAAAGUAAUUCUCCCUUUGUGGUUUGUUGAUAAUUUUAAUAAAGGUGACUUUAAAGAGUGGACAUUUUAAAGCUCCCUAACCAAGAGAAAGUUAAAAAACAGCCCUGGUGGUGGGGAGGAAGCGACCUGACUGUAUAUGUCAUUUUAUUGUGUGCUAAAUUACUAUGCCAUGGGCUAUUUUAGUGUUUUGGGGAAAUAAUAAAAUCUGUUCUUUAGCAUAAUAAAUAUGUUUUAUUUUGUGUGUG